CGAAUGGAACCACUAGCAAUCUUGCAGCUCCAAGAUGCAGAACUCGGUCAAUUUUACCAACUGUACAGAAACAGCGUCCUACAAGAAGGUCUUUUUGGCUAUAAGCCUCUUUGAAAUGAUAAUCUCAGUCUUUGGUUCAGCGGGAAAUGCGUUAACRUGUUUUGCUGUUGUAAGAAAUAGAAAUCUACACAGUGCUACGAACUUCUUUGUCGUCUCCUUAGCAACGGCCGACUUUCUCAUUACAUCYAUUCUUGUGCCUGUCAGAGCAGCUGAACAUUUCUCAAUAUACCGUGAAWCRUCUCCUCCUGGUGCUACUCUGCUUAAAGUUGCAGUUUUYAUAGGUAGAGYAACAAUCUUGGCAUCAUUAUCAAGUCUAGCUACAUUAAGCAUCGAUCGAUACAUGGCUCUUCGCUAUCCAAUCAAAUACAGAGCGUCUAUUCGAUAUAAUUUCACACGMACAUUCGUGGUUAUUGCAAYUCUGUGGAUUUCUUCGUUGUUAAUUACGACAAUCCCUUUAUUUCCUGGAGUAAGCGGCCUUCAAGGCCUCUUCAUUUUUGUAGUGCUAGUAUUUUUAAUGACGUCUAUCAUGAUUAUAAGCAGCUGGAAGGUUUUCAGGCUUUUAAARCAACUCUCUUUACGAUUAAGRCACUGCACACUAACCUCCAGUUCUCUCUCRUCGAAUCACUUUUCCAACUCGUCAAACCGGUUUCUCCGCCCGUCAAGCCUGUUUUUCCGCAAAUCAAACCAUUGCUCYAACCMGUCAAUGCAGUCAGACCAGUUUAUUCGKCGAAAUAAGACGACUUGUCGUUAUACUGAGAUCCAAAGCUCGCCAAGAGUAACCAGACCAAGAUCGCAAAGUAUGCCGGGACUAAACAGGAUUUCUAGACUCAAAACKUUUGAUAACAAAGCUUUUAAAUGUGACRAYGUCCAGCCAGUGAAACUGUUGAAUAUUACUCCAUGUGWGAACGGUCAUAGRGAACYUGACGGAGAAUUUACYAACUUGAAUCCACAGUCAAAUCGAUCAGCUGUUGUACCYAGUCCUUCAAUGAGCCUGCGAUUUAAAGAGUCAGGUGCUAUACCUAGAAAUAAACUGAAGACGCAACACAAUGGCUCAGCGGCUACCCAUAAUCCAGUGCGGCAGCUAGCUGAUGGUUACAUUGCCAAGACGAUWGUCAUUAUUGUAGGAACUUUUGUAUUGUGCAUAUAUCCAAGAAUUUUCCUGAUAAUUUAUCACUUAAAUUUUCCAGAAACGCCGCGAACUCAUAUCUGCCGKCUSUGGUUAAAAGUGUUACUCUACAUGAAUUCUGUUAUUAACCCAGUACUAUAUGCAUGGAGAUUUAAGGAUUUUAGACGAGAAUUUGUCAAUCUUAUAAUAACGUUAAAGAAAACACUAUGCUACUAAGGUAUUGGUGGCCGUUCGCAGCUAUUCUCACUGUCGGGCUUCUCGUCCUUUGAGAGAAGGACUGGAAUAGAAGGACAGGAAACCCGACAAAAGGAAGGCCUCGAAGGAAAUAAAGGAAUUUUAGCAUGGAAGCUGACCGUAUAAAUUUUGUCCAGUGUAAUGUGAUUUGAAGAGCCUUUAGAGAAACUGACAUGCGCAAAAGGUCACUGUAGUUGUUAACAGAAGGCYAAAAAACGAAGAGUAAUUAUCAUAUAAUUUUGCUGAAUGACAAUUUUUUUCCACCACAUAAUCAAUACGUUGUUGCUGUUGCUACUUUUGUUGUUUUUAUUUUGUCCAUAAAGACUAUGCCAGCCAUUUCCCACAGGGGAUGAAGAGGAUUGAUGAUGAUAUACCGUAAGUCUAAAACCCGAACAUAGGGGUACAUUUCAUGAAUGUAUGAUCAAGAAUUGAACACCUGCGUCAGAUGUUAUCAAUCACUUACACAUGUAAACAGCAUUAUUAA